UGGUCAUAUCUAUCUGUCCAUCUCAGUCUGGUCAUAUCUAUCUAUCUCAUCUGUUCAUCUAUCAUAUCUAUCUAUCUAUCUCAGUCUGCUCAUAUCUAUCUAUUAUUUCCUACACGCUUUCAAUCUUGCGUGCUUUCACCAUUAUUAUUCUCCCGCUCCCCCCUUUUGUUCUUUAUUUUGACUCGUUUUUUCUCACCUUAUUCCUCUCUUGUUUUAACAUCACCCUCUCUCACUUAUUCCUUUUCUCUCUCUCUCUCUCUCUCUUUCCAUUUCUCUGCUCAACUUCUCCCACCUCUAUAACAAUUUCUUUGUUUCUUUUCGCCUCUAGAUUUUUUUUUUUUUUUUACUUUCUUUCCUUCGUUUUUCCUCCUUUUUUUUUUACUUUUUUUUACAUUUUUUCCUUCGUUUCGCCUCUAGUUUUUACUUUCUUUUACAGUCUUCAUUUCGUUUCGCCUCAAUUUUCUAUCAUUUUUCACUUUCUUGGUUUCGUUUCACCUGCAUUUUUACAUUCUUUUUUUACCUUCAUUUUUCUUUUUACCCCCUUUUUUUCUUCUUGCUCUUUUUUCACCUUCUUUUCUAUAUUAAAUUCCACCUUCUCUUUUCUUUCUACCACCUUCUUUCUUUUGAUGCACCCCACCCCAUUUACUACAUUCCCUCUUACCUUCAUCUUCUUUUCGCCUUUUCUUUCUUUUUACGUUCGUUUCAUCUCGUUCUUCUAUAUUCUUCUUUUUCUUUCUUUUUCUUUUCACCUCACCGUAUUUACACUUCUUAAUGUCAAUCUCAUUCUCUCUUCAGUCAUCUCUCACUCUUUCUUCCUCUUUCUACUCUCUUUCUUUCUUUCUUUCUUUUUCUUUUUUAUUCCUUCUUUUUUCUUUCUUAUUUUUUCUUUUCCUUUCUUUCUUCUUUUACUAUUCUUAUUAUUCAUUCUUUUCUUUUUUUCUUUCGUCGGUUACUUUUCAUUCUUAUUUUUCUUUUUUCUUUCUAUCAUUCUUUCUUUCUUCAUUUUCCUUCCAUUCUUCUUUCCUGCUUUCUUUUCUUUCAUUCUUUCCUUCUGUUCUAUUCUUUCUUUCUUUCCUUCUUUUUUUCUUUCUUUUUCUUUUAUUCGUUUCAUUUCUCACUUUCUUUCUUAUUCAUUCUUUUUGUUUGCUUGUUUCUAUCCUUCUCACUCUUUUUUCUUUCUGUCGUAUUUUCCUUUUUCUUGCGUUCUUUCUUAUUCUUUUUCUUUCUUUCUUUCUUUCUUUCUUUCUUUCUUUCUUUCUUUCUUUCUUUCUUUCGUUUAUUUUUACUUUAUUCUUUUUCUUCUUCUUCUUCUUCUUCUUCUUCUUCUUAUUUUUCUUCUUCUUCUUCACAUUUUUACUUUUUUCUUCUUUUUCUUCUUCUUCUUCACAUUUUUACUUUUUUUUCUUCUUCUUCUUCUUCACAUUUUUACUUUUUUCUUCUUCUUCUUCUUCUUCACAUUUUUACUUUUUUCUUCUUUUUCUUCUUCUUCACAUUUUUCUUCUUUUACUUCCUAA